UUCGCGUUCACGGUAGGUUUGAGUGUCAUAAGGCAGGUCGGCUCCGUAAGUUCGUUCCACAUUGUCGGUGGUCUGUCCGGUCUUGACGCUCCUGAUAUUCUUUAAAACAACAUGUGAAUUCGGACGUCACGCCGUGAAAACACCGAAAACAGGUCCGAUGCGCGCGCGAGGCUUGUUCCCCGGGGCAGCCGUCGCUCUCCGCUUGCUCCUGCUCGUGUGCGCGCGCGAGAGCCACCAGCAAAACGCGCUCGUGGUCAGAGAGAAAUGCUCCAGUGCUGAUGAGAAGUUGACCUUGCCAUGGAUAACCCUCUCGUCAGUUUCGUCCAGCGGUUAUGAUGCCUGUCUGCGUCUGUGUCUGCGCAUAAAGCCCCUGUCUGUCAAUAAAACCCUGCGGAUCGAGUUCAACCAAUUAGCAAUCAGAAAUGUCGUUACUCUUUCCAUCUGGAGAGGUCGUCGUAGCAAUACCACUGUUCGGUGGAAACAGUUGUUUGAUGACCACAGCCAGAAAGUUAAAAUCAGAAAUCGUUCUCCAGUCAAUAAACAUCUGGAUAUCCAAAGAGAAUGCGUGUGGGAGUUGAAGUAUGACUGUUUUAUGGCCGAGGCUGGCUGUACUGUCCAUGUGGCUGUUUUUGACGCCAACCGAACCCUCAUUACUGACUCGUACACUGUAAAUCCCUCACCAGAAGAAGACGCAGUGCCUGUGUAUAACAUGAAGUUUGAUAUCUUCUCCAAACGAUUUAUCGUUGGCAUGGAAGCGGGCCAAAAAGUGUAUGUGAGAUUGUGUUAUGAAAACAAACCAGUGUGCAAAGAAAUCGUAUCCAAUAAGAUCGAUACUGAUCUUAAUCGCACAGUCGUUUUAAAUUUUCCUUAUUUGGUCCCCUGUGUAUGCAUGCAGACUUAUUAUGAUGAAGUUGAUGCCAAAAGAGACACCACCUGUCCACUAAAGGACAAAAUACUGCCAGGAGGUGGAGAAGUGUUGUUUAGCAGCUCACUGCAGGACAUUGGUAGCUCAGUUCUUGAAUGGAAGCCUAUUUGCCCCUCAACCCAGUUCAAACCUGUCGUCUCUCUCUGCUGGCAACAUACUCAAAACCACUCGCAGUGUGUUCCUGUGCACAAUUCCACCCUGCACGAGAGUGCUCUGAGAUACAAUGUCUCGGAUGUAGACAGGCACGCCCACAUGUGUUUGAAGUUCGUUCUAAAUGAAAGCCAUCAUGUCUUCUGUCCCUUCAGUUCAGGCGUUUUAUCAGAAUGGGAUGUCACAGUGACGCCUGGAGCUCAGCGGCUGUAUGUAAGACUGUCCUCCAGUAUCCCAGGUUCAUUUGCUGCCCAGCUUUGUGUGGAGAAAGAUGGAGCCUGUGUUGUGAAGGAAAAUGUGCACACUGUUCAGCUGGAAGAAGGAGGUAGAGGCGUUGAGCUGACAGUGCCUCUUCCUUUUUUCACCGUAGGACUGUGUGUGCAGGUGUGGCGGUCUGAACCCGCGCUCCGUGGAAGGAGAAUCAUAUGUCCUGAUUAUACUCACAGGAGAUGGGGUCUUAUUGUUGCUGCUUUGUUGGCUGUCCUGGUUGCCAUAACAACAGUGGGCAUCCUCAUCUACAAUUUAAUUAAACGACAGACAUCAGUAUGGCGCUCUGCUGAGAGAAAACCUGUACUGCUGGUCUGCUCCUCUGAUGAAAAAAGUCACAUUUCCGCCAUGUGUGCUCUAGCCCACGGCUUGCAGGAGGAGCUGCGCAUGGAUGUACGCCUGGCUCAGUGGACACACUGCAGCACACAGUCCUCUUUGGCCCAACUAGGCCCUGCCCCAUGGCUCUACGGCCAGUGCCAGCAGGUACACAGUGUGGGUGGAAUGGUGCUCAUAGCCUGGAGCGCUAAAGCCCAGCAUUCUUUCCUCCGGUGGAGGGAAAGAGAGAAUGCUGAAAAAGUGAAAAAAAACAAAAAGAAGGAUAAAGUGCAGAUGGAUCAACACAGCCAAGCAAAAAGCCAGUCUUCUAUCACAGCACCAGUGUUUAAUGCCGCCCUCAUUAGCUUGUGGGCGGGGCUUCGGAGCGGGAGGCACGGUCAAGGAUUUGGUCUUGUGUGUUUCCGAGGAUUAAGUGGAACAAGGUAUAUUCCGAAAGAGCUCAGAGGAAUUCGGAGAUAUUGCCUUCCUAGAGAUCUCUCAAACCUGAUACAUGAACUGGAUGUAAAUGGGCCAAGAAAUGGGGUCGAAACCAGGAGUAGUUGGUGCUGUUGGCCUCGGCUUUUCUCCAAAGGUCUGUCUUUCUGGUUGUCACAGAGGCUCGCUCAGAGACUAGACGCAUGGCUUCCUCAGACAGCAGCGGGGCCAGCCAGGAAGAGUCUUCUGAGACCAUCGCAUAAAGUUGCCAGUGAAAAGCCAUUAAAUAAAAGACUGAGAAGGGAAAAAUAUCAAAGGGAAAAUCUGCAUCACCAUGCAGUAGACUGUAAACUUGCUACACAGAAAAAGCUCCUAGCAUAAUUUCUGCUUUUAAAGUUACUCUUUCUGAGUGGAAAAAUGGACAGAAGAUAAACGAUUAAAUUUUACAUCGACUGUAAUUUUGCAUGUCUCAAAUGGUGCAAUUUUUUUCCAUUUUCCCAUCAUGCAUUUUUCCAGUUACAUAAAAAUAAUGUAGAAUAUGUAAAGAGGAGAAUUCUGUUCUACUGAAAUGUUUAAGUGAGUAUAGGUGAUACUUUCUCAUCCUGUAGUGUGCAACCGAUAUUUGACCACGUUAACAAUCAAUAAUCGAUUAAUUAUCAAUGGUAAUGACAUUAUAUAAUUUAUUAAAGCUGCACUUACAAACAAAAUGAAAAAAAAAGAAUCAUAGCUGAUCCAUGGGUCAUACUGAGACACUCACCCCCACCCAUGGUUAUACAGGCAUGUGAACAGUGGAUUCAUUGCAAAGUUUGACCAUAAUAUUAGGCAAAAUGCACUUUUAUUUUUUUUUGGUAAAAAAGUUAACCAUCAUAUAACAAAAUAUAUAUUUUGGUGAUUCUUAAUGACUGCUCUUGUAUUUGCAUGAGCACAAGAUAUAUUUUCACUCGCUCAAACUCACUCGUGUAUUCGCUUGCUCUGUGCUUCAUGUUUGCAAUAUCAGAAUGUAAAAUAAGCUAGGCAAUGCAGAAAACCCCUCACUCUCAUUCAUAUCAAUAUCAUAUUAUAUUGGUACUAGAAGUGCAGUCAGCUAUUCUAUAGAACUAUAUAAAUACACCUACAUUUUUUACUAUCCCAAGGCAAAUUUUUCUAGCCAAAGAUGCUAAAAAUUAGCACAGUUACCCGAGAACCUCCCAACCCUUCAACAGUGCAAGUCGCUGAACUUGACGAGUUAAUUCUGAUUGGCCUUUCAAACUUUGAGCGGCAACUGUCUUCUCUUGCGUUGUAUAAGAUGAAUACAUAAGUGUGCUACGGAGCACUAUUAUCCAAAACAAACAUCCUUAAAAAAAUCCUACACGGUUAAUACAUUAUUAAUCAGUUAAAUUGUUGAUGCCAAUAAAUAAUUAUUUAUUUUGGUAGUAUCACUUGAACACAUGCUCAAAAUGGUGCUACAGUAUUCUGGAAUCCUUUCAUCUCCUCGUUUGACCGAAAGAUAACGUGUUGCAAUACAGUCCCUAAUGUGAAGCGCACACGAUCAUUAUGCAUACAGCAUGAAUGGAUCAUCUUUUAUAUGCACUGGUAUUUUUUUCUUUUUUGACAGUAUUAUUUGUAUAUUUUCUUAGAAACUGCAGGCAGUGUCAAGUAGCAGGAGGAGUUCUGUGCUAGUACAAUAGCCACAAACUGUAGUAGGCCAUUGACCAUGGCACUUAACUCCUGUGCUAUAUGUUUCGAUUAUAUAGUUAAUAUAAAGUAAUAAUUCCUAUUAAAUAGUUAUAACGGAAAUCUGUUGUAUUUUUGUUUGUGAAGCUGUAAGGCUAUGCAUCUGUUUACUUAAUUAUAAAUUUAUAAAAUAAAAAAAUGUGCAAAUGAGUUUGGAAAAAAUAUGUGUCUAAAUCAUAACUAUCAGAUUGUCCAUGAUGAGCAAGCCGAGGGCAGCGGUGGCAAGGAAAAAACUUCCUGAGAUGGCAGUAGGAAGAAAUUAUUAGAGAAGAUUGGAGUUAUUGGAGGCUCAUGUACAUGUACAAAGCAUUGUGGGAAUUUCAGUCUUGAACUAUUGAGCUACUGCAGUCACAAGUCAUCAGAGAACAGCAGCUGCAUCAGCCGAGUGCCAUGUAUAGCUCGCCUGAGAGAGACUGGGCGAGAAGGCAAUACAAGUGGUCACAGUCACAUAAUGUGUAUGGUGAAUGUAUGCCGGGACUUUGGCAGGACUAACUUUGACAGCAUAACUAAAAACCAGAAGGAAACAGACAUGAGGGCUCCCUGGGAACUAGCUUUCUUGUUCUGUUGGUAGAUUAUUUGGUUUCUUUGCUUAAAAUUGGCAUAUGGAUAUGGUUUUAUAUAAUGUUUGUUACGUAAUUGACAGUAGUAUCUGUACUGGAAGCUGCAUCAUACAAUAUGUCACUUUGAUGAGGGUGAACAUGCACACAUUGGGGUUAUUCAUGUGUACCCUUCUAGUUUAAAAAGGGCUAUGAAGUCUUAGCUUACAGUCUUCUCAAAACCAUGCUGCACACCCAUUGUUGUAAAAUGCACAACGUUUGCACAAGUGUUAGUGUUUUGUCAUCUGAAGCAUAUUGUUAGUCUAACUAGUCCAGUGUGCCACUUUACAUCAGAAAUGGAAAAAGAAACUGCAUUCCAUUCAGGGAAGGUAGUAAAUGUUUAAAGAUGGUGUGUCCUUCGCUAACAUGUUACAUCCUGCCCUAUACAGUACACGUUAUUGACAAUAUUUCCAUCACACUGAUAUAAUUUGACAAAUGUGAUAAUUUAUAUGCUUACGAUUUACC